UUCUUCCGUCUACGAAUGAAUAGAGAGCAUUCAAUUCAAUUUCAAACCUGGGAAUCAUCGAACCGAAAUUUCAUCCCCCCACCCACUCCAUCUUCUUCUGUUUUCCCACUCACGCGUUUCCUUCUUCAAUUCCUUUCUGAUUACGCCUCCUCGCAUUUAUCUAAAUCAAUUACAUACAUACAUACAUACAUGUGUACGUAUGCACGUGUAAGUAAAUCAGUCACCUUUCACGGGCGGAAGAAUUUGAAUAUCCGCGCUUUUUAGGUUUUCAUGAUUUGAUUCUUUGCCCUUUUUCAUUAUCCAAUCGAAAUUGUUCCGUUAGGUUAAUGGUAGGAUCGCAGAUGAUGGCUAGAGAGAUGAAGCAAUCAAUUCAUAAUUUGUUCAGUAAAGAUCAAGUACCUGCUGCGAACGGUAAUUCAGAAACGGUAGAAAUUUUGAAGGACUAUUACAUUCCGGAUUACGUACUUCUACCCGAAUCAGAAACGGAACAAGGAUGCAGUGUUCCAGAAUGUCCUGUGAUUGUGUUCAUCAAUUCAAAGAGCGGCGGGCAAUUAGGUGGCGAGCUUUUAGUAACAUGCCGUAGUCUUUUGAAUAGAAAUCAGGUGUUUGAUCUUGGGGAAAAGACACCCGACAAGGUGCUCCACCAGCUUUAUUUCAAUUUGGAGAAGCACAAGAAAAACGGAGAUAAUUUGUCCGCUGAAAUUCAGAGAAAAUUGCGUAUCGUAGUGGCUGGUGGGGAUGGAACAGCUGGGUGGCUACUUGGAGUAGUUUCCGAUCUUAAAUUAGCACAACCACCGCCAAUUGCUACUAUGCCGCUAGGAACAGGGAACAAUCUUCCAUUUUCGUUUGGUUGGGGUAAAAAAAAUCCAGGCACAAACCAUCAAUCUGUCAAGGCAUUCCUGGAACAAGUAAAGGACGCAAAAGAGAUGAAAAUCGAUAGCUGGCAUAUUCUCAUGCGGAUGAGGGCUCCAAAGGAAGGUGCAUGCGACCCAAUUGCACCUCUUGACCUACCGCACUCAUUGCAUGCGUUUCAUCGUGUGUCCGCAUCAGAUGAAAUGAACGAGGAGGGGUACCACACAUUUCGUGGGGGAUUUUGGAAUUAUUUUAGCAUGGGUAUGGAUGCACAAGUUUCUUAUGCAUUUCACUCGGAGAGAAAGCUGCAUCCUGAAAAAUUUAAAAAUCAAUUAGUUAAUCAGACUACUUACGCAAAGCUUAGCUGCACGCAAGGAUGGUUUUGUGCAUCCCUCAUGCAUCCGUCGUCAAGGAAUAUAGCUCAGUUGGCAAAGGUGAAAAUAAUGAAAAAACCAGGUGAAUGGAUCGAUCUUCACAUACCACGAAGCAUCAGGUCCAUUGUUUGCCUGAACUUGCCUAGUUUCUCGGGCGGUCUUAACCCCUGGGGAAAACCUAGUAAACAGAAGCUUCAUUCGAGGGACUUAACUCCACCAUAUGUUGAUGAUGGAUUUAUCGAGGUUGUCGGUUUUCGAGAUGCAUGGCAUGGGCUUAUCUUAUUCGCUCCAAAAGGGCAUGGGACUCGUUUAGCACAGGCAAAUAGAAUUCGUUUUGAGUUCAACAAAGGGGGUGCCGACCACACAUUCAUGAGAAUCGAUGGAGAACCAUGGAAACAGCCGCUUCCAAUGGACGACGAAACUGUUGUGGUCGAAAUAUCUCACUUUGGCCAGGUCAGCAUGCUUGCUAACACGCACUGCCAGUCGAGAAGUAUCAACGCUCCUUAUUCACCGAGCAGCACUGAGGAUGACGACGAUGGAUAUAAUAGCAAUGAAGAUGCUCUUGAAGAAGAAGGUUCCGAAGAAAGGAAGAAGUUAGGUGCAGCCGAUACUUUUCGAUUACCGGAGGAUUUCGACGUUGCCCACCUUAGCUGAGCUGGCUUAUAAGUUUGUUGUGCUAAAAAAAAUCUUAACUAGGAAUUUAUUUAUUUAUUUUGUUAAUUGUUUUCUUGUGCAAUUGAAACUAGACAUGGUUAGAACUUAGAAGUAGGUAAGUGGAUAUAGUUUGGUACAGUUAAUCACUAAUGACUAAUUCUUGAUGUACAAAACUGUUUUACUACUGCAAAUUUUGUGUGUGGAAUGGAAGUUCACUAUUAUUUUUAUUA